UUUGACUGCACCAUGGCCUCCACACUCUCCUUUUUACUCUAUCUUGGGCUGUGUCUGAGUCAGAGGAUCAGAGCACAGGAGGGCCGUCUCCCCAAACCUAACCUCUCAGUUCAGAAAAAUGUUAUCCUGGUCCCAAGGGGCAAUGUGACCUUCAGGUGCCAUAUGUCAGAUGAUGAUUUGCCACACCAUAAAUGGACAUAUCUUCUGUUCAAUGAGGGGAAUUCCAGGCCCUUAUGUGCAAAGACUAGUGAAACAAGCUGGGUUGAGUUUACCCUACUGUUUGAGACAAGCCAGGAUUUUGGGAACUACAGCUGCAAGUACUUUAUCACUCAGAACUCACAAAUAGAGUCGGUGGUCAGCACAGUCCUGGAGAUUUCUGAGAAAGACUCUACCCAGUCCUCUGCAAUCAGACUCUACCCAGAUUUUGUAAUCAAUCUCUUUUGCAUCAGCCUGGUUGGAUGGGUCCUCCUUGUGACUGGAACAGCCUGAGGAGUUGAGGAUGAGCCAGAAAUUGUCUAACUGGAUAAGGAUGAACAGAAAGAAAGCAUAUGCUGAUAUCAAAGAAUUAUAGGAACUUCAAACUAACCAGCAAGUGUUGAGGGAAAGAAAUCAGUCAACUCUGGGCAACAUAAGAAGACCCAAACCCAGCUAAUGUCCUAAGCUGGCCAUCAGAAACC